AUGGUCGAGGCCAGCUUUGCGGAUGCUCAGGCGAGACCGCUCGAUGUUAUCCAAGCAUUGGCGAAGCAGCACCUAUAUAGCGACACUAGUACGGACGCAUUUGAGCUGCGCGUCACGAACCGCUUCAAAGAGCUCCUCGCAGACAAAUUCGAUCAAAUUCCUUCGCUCGAUCAGACAGACGCGCUCGAACAGCAUUCACUCGUCAGAUUCAGAUGCAUGCUUCAGGACACCGGCCUGGGCAGCGAAGUCUACGCGGCCACGACGCGAGACAAUGCUGGCAAUGAGCAUUAUCGACUGUGGUGUGACGAAGCGCCUUCAGACAGCUCGACGGACCUGCGGCCACAAGACGAUGCGAGCGCGCUGCGGGAACGGCAACUCAUCUACGCGGUCGAAAUACCAGGAGAAGCGGCUUGGCUAAGACCUGCUCAAGAUGUGCUCAGCAAUGCAGCAAACCUGACCCCAGAUGACUCAAAGAGCAGAGAUUUGCUGUCAGGCAAAUUCCCGCUACCCGGCACAUCCCACAAAGCUGCGCUCUUGAAGUUAUACGUCCCAGACGAUAGCCUCAAAGCGGCUGACACUGUCGAGGUGAUUGGCAUACUCGAUCGAACAUCCUUUUCACCCGGUUCAUUGGAUGAUCCUGGGGCGCCGCUAGACGAGACUGCGACGGGUCCUACGAUACCGAGUUUACAUAUUGUCGCCUACCAAGCUGUAGAUCGUACAAGCAUCCGAAAUGCGUUACCUAGCCUUUCGCAACGCAGUGCUGUCCGAGACGCACUGGUAGCGUACAUUGCCAAAGCGCUUGAUGGCGAUCUCAUCGCGGCCGAAUGGACUCUGCUGCAUCUCAUCUCAAAGACACAUACACGACGAGGCGCACUUGCACUAGGCAGCCUGCCACUCAAUCUGACGUUGCCGUCAUCCAAGCUGGGAGAAAGCGAGAAACUCUUGCACGAGACCUUAGCAUACCUGCUGCCGACCUUUGUCGAGCUUCCAAUGACCAUAGAUGCACUCAAUGCGACUACGCCAUAUUCGCCCGUGUCGAAAGACGAGAAUUUGCAGGCUGGCCGGUUGCAGCUCGCGCCCGGCACACAAGUCCUUAUUGAUGAACGCGCUCUGCACGAAGGCAAGCUGAACGAAGCCGGCCUGAAGAACGUACAGGCUGUGACGAGGGCCAUAUCCGACCAGAAGCUAUCGUACAUCUUCCCAUUCUCGUCUUUCGAUCUCGAUAUCGACCUCAACUUCCUAGUGCUCUCGAUCGGCAAGUCGUUCUUACAGAUCAGCUGCAAUGUGCCAGUACAGCCACAGGGCGGCUCGUCGGGUGCAAGCAAUCCGACAAGCCCCGAUCUUGCUGCCUUUCGUGCUAUCAUCGCCGAAGCGCGUGCCCAAAGCUUCACUAUACCCGAUGCGGUUUCCAAGCACAUCCAAGACGAGUUUGUAGAGCAAAGACGGUCAGCGCCCUCUGGCGUGAUCACCCAGGAAGACUUGCAAUUGCGACUGACGCUGGCAAGGUAG